AUGACCCCCCUCCCCCUCCACCUCCGCCUCAAAACGCAAUACUCUGACUUCACUCCUCUAACAGCUCCAGACUUUGCUCCAUCAAACCACGCAAACUCACUGAUCUUGGCAACACACGAUGCAUCAGACACCACCAUCGAUCUCUCCGUACCCCUCAAGAAGGCCGAGUUUAUGAUCGAGGAAGUUGAGAGCAUGCUUCGCGACCAGGUCGACACGCACUACUCCGAACUCAUCGACGGCGCACGCGCCAAUGCCUCACUUCUAGCUCCCGCAAAAUCGCUCUCUACACCCCUCGAAACACUUCAAUCAACACAUACCCGUCUCCGCGAUCGCGUCCAUGCCUCAUACGACAAAGCUGCGCCGCUCCUCGACGAAACGAGACGGUUACAAGAAAUCGUCGUCGCGAUGCGGGUCCUCGUGAGGUAUCUCUACCUCGCACGACGAAUCGAGGGAGUAAAAGUCGGGGAGAGUGGAGUCGAGGGCGACAGUGGGGUACAAGUCGCAAUGACCGUAUCCGAACUGAGUACGUCGGCCCCCACACCCCAAACAACCACAUGA